CGGUACAAUCGGUUCGCUCUCGUGAGUUACGGGCCUUCAGUUGGGCGGUUCGUGGUGCCACGCGACUUGCGCUGAUCACAGAUAGCCUAACGGCGCGAAAAAAAGAGCCUAAAUCGUACGGAACGUGGAAGUGGUCUUAGAAAGUGAGCAGGCAAGUCGCACACAAGUCGUUAAUAGUGCGGUAUUUUCAUGGUUAUCAACAAUUCGCAACGUUUGGACGUGUACCCGCGGUCCCAAGUGACCAACGCGAUUGACGAAACUAAACUCGCAUGUAACUACUUGCUUCGUGAUGAGAUUUUCUAUUCAGUCGGGUAUUGAAGAAGUCACGUUACGAUUCGGACUAGUGAGAUAGCUGCUGCGAGAUAUAUUUUAAACAGAGUGUCAUCAACAAAAAUAAACCCAAUUCCAGAAAGGGGAAGAGUAACAAUGUGGAAUCCCGUGGUGAUUGGUUAGAUAACACUUGUGCCAACACGAACAACAAAAAUAGCACGGAACUUGAUUUCGUGGAACCACCGCUGGAUUUAUUUCCAGAAGUAAACAACGGCUGCCGGACAAUAAAACGAUAUGGAUGUUGCAGAAAGCAGCAAACUGAGCGAUGGAAACCCCGCUCCACUGUGGAUGUUCUGGAAGCGCCGGAGAUACUGUGUCGUGUUUAUGUCGUUCCUCGGGUUCUUCAAUGUGUACGCGUUACGGGUAAAUCUCAGCGUGGCCAUCGUGGCUAUGACGGAGAAUCGAACAGUGGACUACGGAAAUGGUACCAUUGGAUAUGAACAAUACUUCGAUUGGAGCUCCCAGAUGCAAGGAUUUGUGUUGAGUUCAUUUUUCUACGGUUACAUUUUAACACCAUUUCUCGGGGGAUUUAUUUCCAACAAAUUAGGCGGCAAUUAUGUUUUCGGUGUUGGCGUUGGGACAACGGCCUUAUUAACCAUAUUAACGCCACUGGCGACCAAAGGAGGCGUUGGGUUGCUGAUCGCCGUACGAAUCAUCGAGGGUAUCUUCGAGGGCGUAACGUUUCCGUGUAUCCACGCUGUAUGGUCCCGCUGGGCCCCACCGACGGAGCGUUCUCGGAUGGCCUCGAUUGCAUUCGCAGGAAACUAUGCUGGCACCGUAGUGGCCAUGCCGCUCAGUGGUGUGUUCGCCAAUGCAUACGGUUGGGAAAGUGUGUUCUACAUUUUCGGAGUGGUCGGAUGUAUUUGGUUCGUCGCAUGGAUUUUUUUGGUUAAAACUUCACCGGAGGUGGACCCAUGGAUCAGUUCCGACGAAAAGGAGUUCAUUCUCGCCAGCUUGGGUCGAACCGAGGGAAAACCGGAGAAAAUCAAGCAUCCAUGGAAAGGAAUUCUGACUUCAAUGGCGGUGUGGGCACUGGUGGCAUCACAUGUGGCCGAAAACUGGGGAUUUUAUACGCUUCUGACACAGUUGCCAACAUUUUUGAAGGAUACUAUGCAUUUCCAUCUGGAGAAGACUGGUUUCAUCUCUGCCAUUCCAUAUUUGGCAAUGGGGAUCUUGCUGUUCGUGGCCGGCUAUUUGGCUGAUCUUUGUCAGCUCAAAGGCUGGCUCACCACAACUCAGGUCCGUCGCUAUUUCAACUGCGGAGCCUUUUUGGGCCAAACGGUGUUCAUGAUCAUCGGUGCCUUCAUUCUGGAGCCCGGUCCGACGAUUGCCUGCAUCACAAUCGCCGUCGGAAUGGGUGCGUUCGCCUGGUCCGGAUUCGCCGUGAAUCAUUUGGAUCUCUCGCCGAAAAGUGCUGGAGUUUUGAUGGGAAUCUCAAACACUUUCGCGACCAUUCCGGGAAUAGUCAGCCCGAUUGUCACCGGCUACAUUACUGCGAACAAGACGGACGACGAGUGGAGGGUGGUUUUCUACAUUGCCGCUGGAAUUUAUUUGGUCGGAUGCGUUAUCUAUUGGUUCUGGGCGUCGGGUGAACUGCAACCGUGGUCGAUUGAGGCUCAGGAAAAAGCAGCACAAGAGCUGAACGGCCGAAAGAAUGGACACUUUGGAUACGAGAAUAAAAUGAAAAUUGAAGACGAAAUGUGAUAUGUGUGUAUAUAAUGUUGAAUAUCUAACUGUUAAUUAUUUCACAUUCAUGUUUAAUAUGAAUGUUUGGAUUACGUGAGCUACAAAUAGUAUUAGAGUUACCUGUUAUGGAGCAUUAAUAACAAUAAUAAAAUUGUCAAUACACAUGAAUGGCAAAUGUGCUAUUCAAAUUAUAGAAAUCGAGUCGAUAAGAAUUUUGUUCGUUAGCUCUAUUUUACUAUUAUAGAUACCGAGCAAGUCGAUAGCAUUGACCGAAUGGAAGCUAUCGAUACAAAUGUCAUAAUUUUUCGAGCUGUUUGGUUUACUUGCUACAUAUCUCCAGAGAAUUAUUUUGUUUAGGUUUUCGUCCCUGGAUAAAUGCUUAAAAAUUGAAAUUCGAGCUCGGUGGAAGAUGAUCUCGAUUUACACAAUACAAAGUUUUGCUUGGUGUGAUAGUGAUAGUGAUUGUAGCGACAUCUCGAUUCGAUUUAUAUAAUGAGGCCCAAUGUUUUAGUAAAUUCCUGCAACAAUGUGGAUGAGCUGAACAGUGAUUCGUCAAAACAUUCACUCAGCUACUAAAAUAUAAUUAUCGAUCAAGUAAUUUUAGGUUUAAUGAUUCCAGAAAACCUGAACCAUAAGUGAUGUCAGAGAAAGCACAAUAUGGAUGCAGUAACAGCUCAUUCAUUAUGACCCUAAUCUCAC